CGAAUUUGCUAUAUAUACGCGCGUUUUUGAGAAAGAAAGAAAGUAACUUUGAAAAAAAAACACAUAUAUAUAUUCAUAACCAUGAGUUUAUUAUACACAAUCCUUAGUGGUGCUAACCUAAAAGAUAUUUUCAUCACAUUAUUAUCUCUAAUUUGUUUAUAUAUAAUUCGUUUUUAUUAUAAACAUUUUACUCGUAUUAAUCCACUUCCUGGUCCAAUACCAAUCCCAUUAAUAGGUAGUUUUGAAAUUUUUAAAAAUGAUAUCGAUGCUUGGUUUUAUAAAUUAAAUAAAAGUUGUGAACAUGAUGGUGUAUUUGAAUUAAAUAUUGCUGGCAAUAGACAAAUCGUAAUUACUCGUGCUGAAUAUGUUGAAAAAUUUUUGGCAUCAAAUUCAUCAUCUAUAAAUCAUAUUAUGAGGACCGCUAAUAAUGGUCUUUUAGAUUUAUUUGACCUUGAAAAGAAAGGUGUAGGAUUGAACCAUGAUUAUCAACAUUGGAAAUUUAAUCGACAUAUUUUUUUACAGGCUGUUAUGCCAUUAAGUUCAACUAAUAAACCAAGUCAAUAUGUGAAUUUAUUAUUCGAAGAAAUGUCAAACUAUUGGAUAGAUUUAAAACAUAAAAAUGAUGACUCAGUAGUUAUUGAUAUUUCUACUUGGAUGCGUCGAUUUACGAGCGAUUUUAUUUCUUUGUUGACAACAGGACAACAGAUGUCUACGAUAAAUUAUUAUUAUCGUAUGAUAAAAAAUGAAGAAGUUACCAAAGAGAUGAUUGAUUCUGAAAAUUUUAUUGAAAGUAUAAAUACUUUUGUAUCAGAUAAUCAAAUUUUAUUUGUACCAAAAAUUUUGAGAAAUUUUCCUAUUAUUAAAAGUCGAGUGGAUCAUAUGUUGGGUAAUUGUAAUUAUUUUUAUGGAAAAUUGGUAGAAAUUGUCAGAAAAAGAAGAGAAGAAAUGAAAAAUUCUGAUGAUAUAAAUAAAUUUAUUUCAAAAAAAAAUGAUUUACUUACAUCUCUGAUUAUUGCUAAUACACAAUAUGAUCCUCAACCUCAAAAAAAUGCUGUUCCAUCAUUAUUAAGACCAAUGACUGAUGAUGAAAUACGUGGUGUUAUGUUCGAUGCAUUUGUCGCUGGUACAGAUACGACGGUAAACACUUUUUGUUUUGCAUUAUAUUACUUAUCGCAUAAUCCAGAUGUUAAAAAGAAAUUGGUAGAAGAGAUUGAAUCGGUUUUCCAAGAUGAUUUUAACAGACCAAUCACAUUUGAUGACCUUGAAAAAUUAAAAUAUUGUGAAGCAGUAAUUAAAGAAACAUCAAGAGUAAGACCCACAGUUAGCAUGGUAUCGAGAUAUAGUAGUAAAUCUGAUAAAGUAGCAGGAUACGAAUGGCCAUCAAAUGUAUUAUUUAUAUUGUAUGUUCGUGGAAUUAAUACCAAUCCACUUUACUGGAAAGAUCCCGAAAAAUUCGAUCCAGAAAGAUUUUAUGAUCCUCAAGAGAUUGAAAAUCAACAUAAAAAUUCAUUUUCAAUGUUUGGCGGAGGUCCAAGAAUGUGUUUAGGUAGAAAGAUUGCAAUGAUUGAAAUGAAAACAUUAUUAGCAUUAAUUUAUAGAAAAUUUGAUGUUGAAUUAGUAGAUAUGCAAGCACCUCUUCAAGUUGAAACAUCAACUAUCACCAUCUGUAAAGAAUUAAACGUUAAACUCACUCCUAGAAAAAGAGUGGUUUAACAGAUACUAUAUUUAAAGUACAAUUUAGCAUAAUAACAUAAAAUAUCAUUAAAUAUCAUUAUUUCAUAAUCAAUAUUAGAAUUAUAAGUCCAUAGGUAUGUUUAAUAGUUUUAUGGUCAGAAACCGUGAAAAAUUAUUACAUAACUACUUUAUUUUUCAUAUAAAUAUCCAAUAAAGUAAUUUAUAUUUAUAUUCAUAUUUGGAAAAUAAUUUUUUGUGUUUGUCGUGAA